GUAGCGAAGAUGGCGGCGGGGGCGCCGCGCCCCGCUCCGGGCUGAGGCGCCGCGCCGCUCCCUGCGCCUCAGUGCGGCGGCGGCGAUGUCGGAGCCGGAGCACCUGGGCGGGAAGCGGGCCGAGUCGGCGCGGCUGCGGCGGGCCGAGCAGCUGCGGCGCUGGAAGGGCUCCCUGACCGAGCAGGAGCCGGUGGCGGCGGGGGGCGGCCGCGGGCGGCACCGAGGGGCCGGGGGGUCCCGCGUCCGCUUCGAGGAGGGCGCCGUGUUCCUGGCCGCCUGCUCCAGCGGCGACACCGAGGAGGUGAAGCGGCUGCUGGGCCGCGGCGCCCGCAUCAACACCACCAACGUGGACGGGCUGACGGCGCUGCACCAGGCCUGCAUAGAUGAGAACCUGGACAUGGUGAAGUUCCUCGUAGAAAACGGAGCCAACGUGAACCAGCAAGAUAACGAGGGCUGGACCCCCCUGCAUGCGGUGGCAUCGUGUGGCUACCUGAACAUUGCAGAGUAUUUAAUUAGUCAUGGAGCCAACGUGGCUGCUGUGAACAGUGAAGGUGAAGUCCCGUCUGACAUUGCAGAGGAGGCAGCCAUGAAGGACCUGCUUCUGGAACAAGUAAAGAAACAAGGUGUAGACCUAGACCUGGCAAGGAAAGAAGAGGAGCAGCAGAUGCUGCAGGAUGCCCGGCAGUGGCUGAACAGUGGGAGAAUCGAAGAUGUGAAGCAGCCUCAGACGGGUGCCACAGCUCUUCACGUUGCUUCAGCAAAGGGCUAUUCUGAAGUCAUGAGGCUCUUGAUCCAGGCUGGGUUUAAUUUGAACGUCCAGGACAACGAUGGCUGGACUCCACUGCACGCUGCUGCACACUGGGGGGUGAAGGAAGCCUGCUCCAUCUUGGCUGAGGCGUUGUGUGACAUGGAUGUCCGGAACAAGCUGGGCCAGACACCAUUCGACGUGGCUGAUGAGGGACUGGUUGAGCAUUUAGAAAUGCUGCAGAAGAAACAGACAGUGCUGCGAAGUGAGAAGGAGACGAGGAAUAAGCUGAUUGAAGCUGACAUGAAUGGCAAACCUCAAAGUGGAGUCUUCAUGAACAAAGAGAAGAUUCUCUAUGAGGAAGAUAGGCUGAAGACCACGGAGAUGGAGGAAGAGAACAAGGACUCGAGCAGUUCUAGCUCUGAAGAAGAGGAAGAAGCUGAGGAAGAUGAAGUUUCAGAAUCGGAUGCUGAAAAGGAGUCAGAAAGGAAGGAAGAGUCCUUUGCCAACCACUCCAGCCACGAAACCAGGCCCAGCAUCACUGAGCAAAUACCACCACCAGAGUCCAACUCCUUCACUGCAUCUGCCAGAAGGUUCAGUUGGCUCAACAGGUCUGAUGAGCAGAAGGAUGAGUCGCCCUCCUCAUGGCGGUUGGGUCUGCGGAAGACUGGCAGCCACAACACACUGAGUGAAGUCACUGCCACUCGUGAGGCACAGAGAGACAAGGCUGCUUCCAUCUAUCGAUCUUCGUCCACUCCUCGGAUAUCUGCGUUACUGGACAGCAAAGAAAAGGAUAAAGAGAACAAGAGCUAUCUUGCCACAAUAGCCCCCAGAAGACUGAGCAGUGCAAGUGACAUAGAGGAGAAAGAAAACAGAGAAUCAGCUGCUAACAUUGUGCGGAGCGGCUCUUACACCCGGCAGCCAUGGAGGGAUGAAUCAAAGGGAAACGAAGCUCCCCAUUCUGGUGCACCUCCUACCUACGUAUCUACAUACUUGAAAAGUGCUUCAUUUGGUAGAAGUAGUGACCUCAGCAGUCCCUACAUUUCAGCCAGUCGCAAUACAUCUCUAGCUACCUCACCCACUGCCAUUGGUUCAUCUACCUCACUGAGCACCCCGUGGCAACCUGCCUCUGCCUGCCCCACACCUCUCGGUGCGAACACUUCUGCAUCCACCCGCCAGUACACCAGAGCCCCUUUCAGGCAACAAACUGAUUCUGCAGUAGAGAAAAGUACAGAGGGCCUCUCUGCUAGCACCCCCCUAGGUGUAAUCACAAACCGUGCUGUACGCGGCUCUGCUAACGGUACUGCGAGUGCCGGUGCUGCCUCAACCACAGGAAAGGACUGCUCUGCUGAGGAAGCCAGGGAGCGCAGAAGGUCAUACCUGACCCCGGUGCGGGAUGAGGAGGCGGAGUCGCUGAGGAAGGCGCGAUCCAGGCAGGCCCGGCAGACGCGCAGAUCCACGCAGGGUGUGACGCUGACGGACCUCCAGGAGGCAGAGAGAACCUUCAGCCGCUCCCGGGCAGAACGACAGGCUCAGGAGCAGCAGAGUGAGAAGGCUGAGAGCGCAGAGCCUGCUGAGGACAGCAGUGAGAGGCAGGAGACCCGCACACGGUGGAGCAGAAAUACAGACGAGGAGACUGUUUAUCGGCGAUUAAGGUGCCCAGUGCAAGCAGACAAACCUACAACACCUGUAUCUCCUUCUACGUCAGCUCCUCUCCUUUAUACGAGUUCUUACCUAACUCGAACAAACAAGUAUCUGGGUCUUGACUCUGGGAAUCCAGCAGACUUCAGAGGUGCAGCCACAGAGAUGGAGAAGAACGAGUGCGAAGACGCAGAUGUAGACGACAGAUCUGCCAACAAGCAGUCGAUCCGAGAGAGACGGCGGCCAAAAGAGAGGCGAAGAGGCACCGGCAUCAUUUUCUCAACAAAAGAUGAUGAUGACGACAUUGAUGGAAAUGAGGAAGUGAAGGAAACUCGGCAUGAACGACUUUCCAGGUUGGAAGCAGCUACAACCCCUGCCACCAGUGACUCCUACAGUGACCGUGCCUCCAGCCGCUCCAGUGCCUACAGCCGCAGAGAGAACCGCCUAGCAGCCCUCAGCAGCAGGGCAGAAGAGGAGAGCAACAGGGACUAUAAAAAGUUGUACGAAAGCGCCCUGUCUGAAAAUCAGAAGCUGAAGUCAAAACUGCAAGAAGCACAGCUCGAGCUGGCAGACAUCAAAUCCAAGUUGGAAAAGGCAGCCCAGCAGAAACACGAGAAAACUUCUGACCGGUCUAGCAUGCUGGAGAUGGAGAAAAGGGAGAAGCGAGCUCUGGAGCGGAAACUCUCUGAAAUGGAGGAGGAGAUGAAGAUACUGACGGAGCUGAAAUCGGACAAUCAAAGGCUGAAGGACGAAAACGGGGCUCUCAUUCGUGUCAUCAGCAAACUCUCCAAGUAGGGAGCCGAGCUGCAGGAUGAGGGGCGCACCGCUGAGCCCUGCCCCUUCCUCCUGCCCCACGCACAGCACCGCUGCAGCCGGGGGUCAGCAGCGCUCCUCCCUGCCUGGCUGGACGUUCCCUUUCUGCCCUUUCCCCCCCGCAUCGCACACCCCGGCCGUUCUGGUUUCAUUUCAGCAUGUUGUGGUAUCUCGGACAUUUGGCUCGGGGGAGAUGAGGAGGAUGCAGAGCGGUGCCGAGCUGCCAAAACUUCUCCUUCCAGCAGCCCGCGGUGUGCAGCAGGGAGCUGUGCUGUGCAAAGCGACGCCCACGGAGCUGGUGCAGCAAAUCCGUGCCCUCUGCAGGUGGGAGAUGUGACUGUGGGCUGGAACUCCGUGGACGUGCAUCAGCCCAUGUGCACUGUGCGACUUCGGUACGAUGCGAUGCUACGAGGAAUGGCAGCAGAGCUGAUUCCUUCAGCAGGCGGGGACGGCUGCUCUGCACAGAGACCUGCCUGCUUUUUAUUUAAUGUAACAUAGCAGAUCUGGUGGGUAAGUGCCCCUCGUGUGCGGCUGGUGGUGGGGUGCCGUGCUGCAAACCCCCGGGGCUCCCUCCAAGCUCACUGCACUCAGCAGCACCUGAUCCCUGCACCCGGACCGCUGCUCUCGGGAUGGCACUGCAGAUGUUUGCCAAACUUUCUGAAGGAGAAGCCUGGCGAGGUGUGUUGGCGUGGGAUGUCUGCCAUCAGGCAGAGCCCCGCAGAGGAGCCCGGGCAGGCAUUUCAGGUCCCUGCAAUGGCUUUUCAGCAUCAGGCUGACCAACUGAACUGCAGCACGGUUUUGUUUCUGGGGAAUGGAAACGAGGAGGGCAAUGGGCUCUGUGCAGCCCCACACCUGGAGGCACAGCUCCUCGCAGGCGGGCUUUGGGCGCUGGGCACAGAUCUGCAGCAGCUGUGCUCCAUGUGCCCAGGGAUGCUGUGGGUCCGGGAGCUGUGUGGGAAUGCUGGGAGCUGCAUCAGAGUCCUUUCAUCCAGCAGAAGUUUGCAGUCCGCCUCAGCCUUGAAGGAAACCCCCCCAAAAAAACCCCAACCCUCCUUAGUGUUGUACGGACUCAGAACAGUUUGGAAUUGUUCUCUCUGUGGGCAUUCGGGCAGUGAUUCCUGCAUGUGCUGCAUGCAGAGCCCGGCAGCAGACCUGCUGAGCUCCCCCACGGACCGCUGUCCUCGCAGUGCAGCCCCACUCCCACCUCCUGCGCCCCUCAUUGCCUUCGUCCCUCCAUUUCCCACUCUGUGCCGUGGGCUCUUUGUGCUCUGCUGGCUGCAAUGUGGCACUGAGCAGAGGUGCAGAUGGAUACUUGAACAUGAGCAUGACUCCUGAGUUUGCUCAACAGGGUAAAAUCCAUCAGUCUGUCCUGGGCUUCUUGGAGCCUUCUGCUGGUUUUCACCUGUGCGUUUUCCUCUCCCUUGGCACUCUUCUGUUUCUUUUUAAUCCUCCGUUUUCCCCCCCCAUCCUCCCACCCCACCUCUCAGCUCUCUGCUCAGCGUGGAGCUCCCACCGCUCCGCUCUGCGCCGUUCCCCGGUGCCGUUCCUCUGCUGCUGUGCUUUGGGGAGGAGGAGGAGCGCUCCGGCAGCACCGGGGCUCCCGCAGAGCACUGCCCACACCGGGCAGACUGCAUUACUGCUUCACGUGUCCCUGCUCUAUGGAACAGCUUUAAGCCUUGAGCUCCGGUCAGUGCUUUCCCUGCACGCCGCUCCCCCUCGGUGCCCUCUGUGUGAGUACUGCUGCAUCUCUCCAUCUUCUCUCCCACCCUCACCCCGGGCUGCAGCAGUGCUGCCCUGUCCCAAUCCCAGUCCGUGGGCAGGGACAGGCUGUGCUCCCGGCUGCUGGGAUGGGGCUCAGCCCGACCUGACAUCCAUCUGCACCAACGCAGUGCCCCUUCCUCCCUCUCUCACUGCGCUCUGUCCGUAAGGAGCAGUUAUGCGAAGGGCGCGGAGCCAAAACACUGCAGGGGAUGUGUGUGGCAGCGCUGCUCUGUGCUCACAGCUCCGUGCCGACAACGGAAGCACAAACCCAGCGGGUGAGAAGGACUUCGGGCUCUCAGGGGGCGCAUCUGAACGCCGCAGAGCACCGAGGAGGUGCGGAGUGGGACUCCGUGUGCUGCGCUGCGCACGGGGCGCAAAGGAAGCUGUUUUUAACGCCGCUCCCUCUUCGAAGCAGAGCGUUCGGUCUCCUUUGGAGGACAUGGGAGCUUUUUUUCUAAGCAGUGCUUGGGGUGAAAUGGUUUUUAUUGCUUGGGGUGAACCCCGCUGUGGCUGCGAGUUUGAGGGUGGCUCUCUGUAAAUAGGCUCCUGGAGGAAGCAGGACUGGCGUUCCACACGGGGAGAGAAUGUAUUUUUAUGCAACUUUGAGUGGCCUUUCAAACCCUGAGAUGAAUGAUUUGUUUUACUGGUUGUUGUUAUAUAGUAUUAUAAGUAUUACGUGUUUGAAAGUUUGGGACUAAUAUUCACAUCUAUGAUGCUUGUAAACACAACAGUAUUUAUAAAUAAAUAAAAUAAGAGUUGGUAAAAUA